AUGAGCAACUUUGCACAGAUCCUGAAGGAGAUUGGGGAGUUUGGCUUAUUUCAGAAACGUGUAGUGGCUUUAUUAUGUUUCACCAAUGUUUUUGUAGGUUUUGAUGUGGUUUCUCAGGUGUUUACAGGGAUGAACUUCCCACACCACUGUAACACUGACUGGAUUUUGAACAUAGGGCCCAACCUGACAGAGGAGGAACAAAGAAAUCUCACCAUCCCUGUAAACAAAGAUGGGAAGUAUGAAAGCUGUAAAAUGUUCACGCCUGUGCAUUGGGAUUUGGAGACCAUUGAAGCAUAUGGGAUUAACACAACAACAGGAUGCAUGAAUGGGACAGAUUUUGAGGCACCCAAAGGUGCUUCCAGCAUUGUGACAGAGUUCAACACUGUGUGUGACAAGAGCAGCUUGAUUGAGGCAUCACAGUCCAUCUACAUGGCUGGUCUUCUGGUUGGAGCGCUGGUGCUGGGGCAGAUGGCUGACAGGUUUGGUCGACGCUUCGUGGUCCUGCUUUCUCUCCUUAUUCUACUGUGUUUUGGUGUUGGAACCGCUUUCUCACCCAACAUCUACGUUUACAUGGUUAUCAGAUUUUUCUGUGGCAUCUCUAUUUCAGGCAUUUGUGUUAAUGCAUUUGUGAUAGGUGGUGAAUGGAGUGAUUCUUCCAAGUUUGCUCUCUGCACCAUUAUCUGCCACUUCUUUUGCUCUUUUGGACUGAUCAUGGUGUCUGGCAUUGCCUAUUUGAUCCGCAACUGGAGGAUCCUGCAGCUGGUGCUCUUCAGCCCUGUUGUCCUCGCCCUGGGAAUCUGUUUUUGGAUUCUUCCAGAGUCAGCUCGCUGGCUCAUCACCCAAGGCAGGAAGGAGGAGGCCAUAAAGGAGAUCCAGAGGGCAGCUAAGGUGAACAAAAGGAAGGUCCCAGAAGAUCUGCUAAACAAGUUGGAGGUUGAUGAUACAUCCAAAAGAAGAAAUAUGUUGGACAUCUUCAGGAUAUCGUAUCUGAGACAACGUGCUGUCAUAAUGAGCUACGCCUGGUUUGCAACAAGUCUGAUGUACUACGGACUGAGCUGGAAUGUUGGAAACUUUGGUCUGGAUAUUUACCUCACACAGUUCAUCUUUGGUCUAGUAGAAAUACCUGCCCGUCUGGGCACUUUGGCUUUCAUGCAACGUUUUGGGAGGAGAAUAUCUCAAGCAGGGGCUCUGUUGUUUGGAGGUUGUGCUUGCCUUGGGAUACUCACUAUUCCAAAAGACCUUCCUGUUGUGGUAACAGUCUUAGCUGGACUGGGAAAAUUUGCUGCCACUGCCAGUUUCUCUACGGUAUAUGUUUAUACUGCAGAACUAUACCCCACCAUUUUAAGGCAGAAUGGUGUAGGUUUGAACUCCAUGUGCGCUCGUGUGGCGGGCAUCUUCGCUCCACUGAUCAGGCUGCUGAGCGUCUAUCAUCACACCAUCCCCAUGCUGAUAUAUGGCAUCAUCCCCGUUGUGGCUGGAGCUUUAUGCUUUCUGCUUCCUGAAACCUGCAAUGUUGAACUCCAAGAACUCAUAAUGAGGAAGAUGAUGUUUCUUCACCUGGCAACUAGCUGGGACACAGAUGCUUUCUUAUCCUGCCAUCCUGCCUCUAUCCAGACAAAGAAAAAGCAACAGCGGCAGCACACCCCUGGGGCAAAAAUGAAAGGUUCAGCCCCCUCGACUCCACUCCUCACCCCUCCCUUGCAAACCAAGUUUCUGUCUCUGGGGCACUGGAGAGAUGAAAGGGAAUAUGCCAUGCGCCACCUAUGACUGUGAAGUGUGUAGUGUUAUUAGGGGAAUUUCACUGGCCUUGCCUGAGUUUUAAACACACUUGCUUACACCAGUCAGCUCUUAAUUAAGGAGGAUCUGUGAAGAGGACUCGAAUAUA